CUUCUCCUCCUCUUCUACACUUGUAGCCACCACCUGUAUCAUACCAAAAGCAUCACACAACAUGGCUGAAGCCGCCGCCUGCCCCAUCGACGUCGCCCCCGCCAAGGAGGUCAACCCCCUCAACCCCCAGGGCCUCAAGCCAUGCUGCGCGUGCCCCGAGACCAAGUCGGUCCGUGACGACUGCUUCAUCAAGUUCUCGGCCGACGAGGCCCCCACCCGCUGCGCCGAUUUGAUAGAGGCCCACAAGGCCUGCAUGCGCGGCUACGGCUUCAAGGUCUAAGCUUGAGCAGGCAGGACGAGGAACGGCGACAACAUCAUCAUACGAGUACAUGCAGCACUAUUCAUCCAAGA